CAAACUCCCCCGGAGAGAGAGAGAGAGAGGAGGGAGAGAGAGAGAGAGGGAGAAUGGGGAGGGGCACGACGGAGAUGGAGGUGGGAGGGGACGGGGUCGCGGUGAUCAUCAUCAACAACCCUCCCGUGAAUGCUCUCUCCGUGGAUGUGUUAUUCAGCUUAAAGGAAAAUUAUGAACAAGCUAUCAAAAGAGAUGAUGUUAAGGCGAUUGUGCUCACAGGCGCAAAAGGGAGGUUUUCAGGAGGUUUUGAUAUCAAUGCAUUUCAAAAGGGAACGAGCAAGGAAGUGAAGCCUGGAUUCAUAUCAAUUGAUUUUCUCACGGACUCCGUAGAAGGUGCUAAUAAACCAUCGGUGGCGGCUAUAGACGGCCUUGCUCUCGGUGGUGGGCUAGAGGUUGCAAUGGCAUGCCAUGGGCGAAUUUGUACUUCUACUGCUCAACUUGGCCUGCCUGAACUUCAACUUGGGAUUAUUCCUGGAAUGGGAGGAACACAACGGCUUCCUCGUCUUGUUGGCCUGUCCAAAUCCCUUGAAAUGAUGCUGUUAUCGAAGCCUGUGAAAGGAGAGGAAGCUCAUUCUUUGGGUCUUGUUGAUGCCAUAGUUUCUCCUAAGGAAUUAGUGAAAGUUGCUCGUUCCUGGGCCUUGGAUAUUGCUGAGUAUAGAAGGCCAUGGGUUAGGAGUCUUUACAGAACUGACAAAUUAGAGCCCCUUGGGGAGGCUAAGGAAAUUCUCAAGUUUGCUCGACUUCAGGCUCAAAAACAAUCUACAAAUCUCGAACACCCCUUGGUUUGUAUUGAUUGCAUUGAAGAGGGUAUAGUCUCAGGACCUCGUGCUGGACUUUGGAAGGAAGUGGAUUCUUCUAAGAUGCUUCAAUCCUCACAGACAAGUAAAAAUUUGGUUCAUUUCUUCUUUGCACAACGUGCAACUUCAAAGGUUUCAGGAGUUACAGACAUUGGCUUGGUGCCAAGAAAAGUGAGAAAAGUUGCUAUUGUUGGAGGAGGUCUAAUGGGAUCUGGAAUUGCAACUGCACUUAUACUGAGCAAAUACUCGGUAAUCCUAAAAGAAGUAAGUGAGAAGUUCUUACAGGCAGGGAUCGGCAGAGUUAGAGCCAACUUGCAAAGUCGGAUCAAGAAGGGGAAGAUGACCGAAGAAAGUUAUGAGAAGACCCUUUCAUUGCUCACUGGUGUUCUCGACUAUGAACAAUUUAGAGAUGUAGAUUUGGUCAUUGAGGCGGUCAUUGAGAAUGUCUCAUUGAAGCAGCAAAUUUUUGCUGAUCUGGAAAGAUAUUGCCCUCCCGCUUGCAUACUUGCUACAAAUACUUCAACUAUUGACCUAAACUUAGUUGGUGAGAAGACCACAUCCCAAGAUCGCAUUGUUGGUGCACAUUUCUUUAGCCCUGCCCACAUCAUGCCUCUUUUGGAGAUAGUUCGGACUCAAAGGACUUCUGCACAAGUUGUUCUGGACUUGUUGGAUGUGGCAAAGAAGAUCCACAAAACUCCCAUCGUUGUGGGGAACUGUACCGGCUUUGCUGUCAAUCGGAUGUUCUUUCCGUAUACACAAGCUGCUUUGUUACUCGUUGAUCGUGGCUUAGAUGUUUACCAGAUUGAUCGGGCAAUUACUCGAUUUGGAAUGCCAAUGGGGCCAUUCAGAUUGGCUGAUCUUGUUGGUUUUGGGGUUGCUGUGGCUACUGCUUUGCAAUACCUCCAAAGUUUCCCAGAGAGAUGUUACAAGUCAAUGCUAAUUCCGCUUAUGCUUGAGGAUAAAAGGAUAGGCGAGGCUGCUCGUAAGGGCUUCUAUCAGUAUGAUGAUAAGCGAAAGGCCAGCCCAGAUCCUGAAAUUAAGAAGUACGUCGAACAAUCAAGGAACAUGGCCGGUGGUAUCCAAGAUCCCAAGCUAAUGAAGUUAACUGACAAGGACAUUGUGGAGAUGGUAUUUUUCCCUGUUGUUAAUGAGGCAUGCCGAGUCCUCGAUGAGAGAAUCGCUCUGAAGGCAUCUGACCUCGACAUUGCUUCUAUAAUGGGGAUGGGUUUUCCCCAUUACAGGGGUGGCAUUAUGUUUUGGGCCGAUUCACUCGGAGCGAAUUAUGUAAGCAGUAGACUGGAGGAUUGGUCGAAAAUGUACGGAGAGUUCUUCAAGCCCUGUGCUUAUCUUGUAGAGAGGGCUAACAAAGGCGAAUCUCUAGGUGCGCAGGUUGAUCUGGCGAAAUCUCGGUUGUAGGAUAAGAAGCAUAAAACUCUUAUAUUUGAAGCUUGAUGAACAAAAAAUAAGCGAUACAUGCUGUGGGAUCGCAAUAAAUUCAUUUGAGGGAAAAAAAAAAAAAGGGAAAAGAUCGUAGACGGUAAAGUGUUUAUGAGUGUAAUUGCGGAACUAAGGUUCAUAAGAUAUCUUAUGUUAAAUUUAUCAUAAUAUGCGGAUUUCCGUCAUUAGGCGCGAAGGAACAAAGAAAAUAUUCAUUUGACCUGCCUCUGAGGAAAAGUUAAUGAAAAGUUUCAAGUUUCAUUUGAG